ACAGGAAACCCCCAAGCUGCUUUCCUUGUUUCCCUGGAGUCUGGCCUGGAAUGGCAGAAGAUCAGGAGCUGGCCAAGCCAGCCAAGACUUUCCCGGAGCCCUUGGCCAAGGGGGGCUCCGGCAACACCUACCGUAGUGCGCAACACUCCCAGGCUUUACUGAAUGGCUUGGUGGCUCUCCGGGACAGCGGCAUCCUCUUUGACGUUACCCUGCGUGUGGAGGGGAAGCCGAUUGAGGCUCAUCGGAUCCUCCUGGCUGCAUCAUGCGAUUACUUCAGGGGGAUGUUUGCUGGCGGACUAAGAGAAAUGGAACAGGAAGAGGUCCACAUUCAGGGUGUGUCUUAUAACGCCAUGUGUCAAAUCCUGAACUUCAUAUAUACUUCGGAACUGGAGCUUGGCCUCAGCAAUGUGCAGGAAAUACUGACUGCCGCCUGCCAGCUUCAGAUCCCGGAGGUUAUCAAGUUCUGCUGCGACUUCCUCAUGUCCUGGGUGGACGAGGAGAACGUCUUGGAUGUGUACAAGCUGGCUGACCUUUUCCACCUGAGCCACCUGAGCGAGCAGCUGGACUCCUACGUCCUGAAAAACUUUGUCACUCUCUCCAGGACAGAAAUGUACCGCCAGCUUCCCCUGGAAAAGGUCUACGCCCUCCUCAGCAGCAACACCUUGGAGGUCAGCUCUGAGAAUGAGGUUUACGAGGGGGCCCUGCUCUACCAUUACACUCCAGAGCAAGUGGAAACGGAUCAGGUCUCCUUGAUGGAACCCCCAAAGCUGCUGGAGACGGUCCGCUUCCCCUUGAUGGACUUUCCUGUCCUGCAGAGGCUUCAUGACAAGCUCAGCCCGUGUCCUUUGAAGGAGACAGUGGCGAGUGCUCUGAUGUACCACAAGAACGAGUGCCUGCAGCCCAUGAUGCAGAGCCCCCACACUCAGCUGAGGUCUGAGUUUUGCUGUGUGGUGGGCUUUGGGGGGAUCCACUCCACCCCUUCCACAGUCGUCAGCGACCAGGCCAGGUAUCUGAACCCGCUGCUGGGAGAGUGGAGGCACUUCACAGCAGCCUUGUCCCCCAGGAUGUCAAACCAGGGAAUUGCAGUCCUCAACAAUUUUGUCUACUUGGUUGGGGGAGAUAACAACAUUCAUGGUUUUCGAGCAGAAAACAGGUGUUGGAGGUACGACCCACGCCACAACCGGUGGUUCCAGAUCCAGUCUCUCCAGCGAGAGCAUGCGGACCUCUGCGUCUGUGUGGUGGGAGAGUACGUCUACGCUGUGGGAGGACGGGACUACCACGAAGAACUGCGGGAAGUGGAAAGAUACGACCCCAAAACCAACACCUGGGAAUACGUGGCCCCUCUCAGGAAGGAGGUUUACGCACACGCCGGAGCCGAGUUGGACGGGCGGAUGUACGUCACUUGCGGGAGGCGAGGCGAGGACUACCUGAAGGAGCUGCACUGCUAUGACCCUGUAGACAAUCGGUGGGACAGCCUGGCCGACGGCCCUGUCCGGAGAGCCUGGCAUGGGAUGGCAGCCCUGCUGGGCAGACUGUACGUGAUUGGAGGGAGUAACAAUGACUCUGGCUACAGGCGGGACGUUCACCAGGUGGCCUGCUAUUCCCCCAGCACUGCUCAGUGGACCACUGUGUGCCCUUUGCCUGCAGGGCACGGCGAACCCGGCAUUGCUGUCCUGGAUCACAUGAUCUACGUUUUAGGGGGCAGAUCCCACAACCGGGGGAUUCGCAUGCAUUACGUCCACGUUUAUGAUGCUGACAGAGACUGCUGGGAGAGAGGCCCUCGGCUAGAGGACAACAUCUCUGGGAUGGCCGCCUGCGUCCUCACCCUGCCCAGGGCCGUUAUCACGAAUGCCGAGAGGUGGACCCCUGAAAGGCAGCAAAACAGGCUCCAGAGCCACCGAGACAUUUCUUCAGAGGUCAUGAGCAUGUUAGAUUGGGAGGAAUUUGACCAUCUGAGUGACAACUGAGCAGCAGUUUGAAGUUCCAGCUGCUCGGCUUCGCCAUUGUGCUCUUUGACUUGCAAGCGGUGGCUCAGCUUGUUGGUCAGCUCGUCAUUGGCCAUCACAGACGAGAAGCAAGCAGGAGAUGAGCUGAUCCAGCCAAAGCACGCCU